GUACGCAAUUAAAUGAAUGAUUGGAAAACAAACAAUUAUGCAAGUGAUUUGUGGUGUUUAGUCAACUUAAGUUUCAAUUUAGAGCAUAAUUAAGCGUUUUGCGGCUUACUUAUGCCGUUGUUUGUGGCCUACUUGCAACGACAGCUGAUUGCACGCUGAAUGCCGGUUGUCUGCAAGGCCCUUCCCUGCCUUCGUCGGUUUUAGGUUUUGCUUGAUCAAUAAAUUGCUCGCUGCCUUGGGAAUAAUUCCGCAAGGUGUUGAAACGCGACACCUGCCGUGUCGGGCUGCACGCAAAGCAGCUCCAGGCAUGCCAACACACUCGAUCCGGCCGCCGCAGCGAUGACAAACUUUUUGGAACAAUUACCUAAGCGAAUUAGAGACAUUGCUGAGAGCCUCAAUGUGCUCACACCAGAGGAAGUGCUGACGACGCCCAGGGUCAAGUUUUUGGACACUCGCGUCACAUCGGUGUACACGCUGGUGCGUAAGUGCACGCCGGACGAUGUGCGUGUGCUGAAGGAUGCGGCAGCCAAGUGGCUGGCAGAGACACCGCUGACAGCUGAUUCCCUGUUCAAGCCGCUGGCCAAUGUCAGAUGGUCACGCGUGUCCUUUGGCUGCCCUGCCUUGGAUCGCUGCACGGGCGGCGGUGUGGUCACGCGGGGCAUAACCGAAAUCUGUGGCGCUGCCGGCGUGGGCAAGACACAACUGCUGCUGCAGCUGGCUCUCUGUGUGCAGCUGCCGCUGCAGCUGGGCGGCCUGGGCAAGGGCGUGGCUUACAUAUGCACAGAGGAUGUCUUUCCGGCGCGACGUCUGCGUGAGAUGAGCAACGCUAUGGAGGCGCGCUAUCCCCAGGAGUCACUCAAUCUAAUGGGCAACGUUUUCGUGGAGCAUCAGCGCGAAAUUGACACGCUUAUGAAUUGUGUUGUCAAUCACCUGCCGCGACUGCUGCGACAGCACAGCAUUGGCCUGAUCGUCAUCGACUCGGUGGGUGCCAUUUUUCGUCUCUUCACGGACUACCUCGAGCGCGCCAAGCUAAUGCGCCGCCUGGCCAAUGCUUUGAUAAGCUACGCGGACAAGUACAACUGCGCCGUGGUGUGCGUCAAUCAGGUGUCCAGCAAGUGCAAUGGCAGCUCGGAUGAUGCGCCCAGCCUGGGCCUGCAAUGGUCGCAUCUGGGUCGCACUCGCAUGAGCAUUACGCGCGUGCCCAAGCAGCACAUGGUCCAGGAUCAGCUGCUGACAGUGCGCAAGCUGGAGAUUUUGUACUCCCCCGAGACGCCCAAUGAUUUUGCUGAGUUUUUGAUCACCUCACAGGGCGUGGUGGAGCUGCCCCCCAAAGUGCGACGCUUGUGAAUUUUCAUAGAAUUUUUAUUUGUAUUUUUUAUGUUUUCUUUUCUUUUGAAUUUGUUGAAUUUAAAAUGUGUAACGGCGGCGCCUGGUACUCUCUUUUUUGCCUUAUUUAAUUUUUUGCUUUGUUUUUGUUUUGUUUUUUUGUACAAACACUCAAUAAAUAUGUUCAAUUUACAGGGUAGCAUAGCUUAGAUCUACAUUUAUAUAGUUUAUAGUUCAUAGUUCAAGUAGUAAAAUCAAUUUUUUGCAAUUUGUAAUUGGGUUUUGCCGCCGGGCAUUAACUCUCUUCCGCUCUCUUUAUCCUUUAUCCUUCGUAUACAUUAUCACAUGAAAUUUUCGAAAGUUUCAAAUUACAUUUACGUAGUGGCUCCCAUUAAACAUUUACAUAAAUGCAUUUCUAAUGGCAACAUUUACAUUUGAAAUCGCUUAAGCAUA